AUGGGAGGACAAUCAUCCACAGCGCCCUUCUGGCGUUGCGCGUCGCUCAUUCUAAUCGUCGCCCUGCUCGCAGGAUGCCCGGGAGUGGCCUACGACGGCUUCCUGUUGGGCUGCCUGGUGUGGAUGGACACCGACGGCGACCGCGCCCCCUCCCUGGGCGAGGAGCAGACCCUCGUCCGGCGCGGAUCCUUCGUCCUGGGCACCGCCCAGCCCAGCGGCACCCUGCGAAUCGUGCCGGCUUCGGUGGACAGCUACAACAGCCUGGACACCUGCUUUGACACCGCCACCCUCUGGCCGGAGACGCUGCCCCUGGCGGCGCCCCAGCCCUCCGACUGCAGAGCCAACAUCACCAUCAGCCCCCUCUCCACCCUUGCUGUCUACGCCAACUCCAGCAGGGCCGCGCUGCGCGACGACCUGGGCCUGGUGCCGGCCCCCAUGGACGCCCACAACGCCUACUCGACGGCGCUGCUGGGCAACAGCGACGCUCGCGCCGAGCUGGCCAAAGAGGUGGAGGUCAAGAUGCUCAUCCUCACGUCCCUGCAGCUGCUGGUCCCCGGCGCAAGCGACGCCGAGUACAAGCAGAGCGCCAUCCCCCUGUUCGAGAUGCUGGGCAACAUGAUCCUUGAUCGGCCGCGGCGGCGGCGCAGUCUGCUGACCGGCGGCUCCCUGGAUCUCACCGACGCCGACAGCAUUGCCAGCUUCCUGAGCCAGGCGCAAGGCAUGCUGAGCAGCACCGCCGCCACCAGCAGCAUGAGGGCGUCGGUGGCCAAGGCGGUGGCGGUGCUGAUCAAGUACACCGACUACCUCCUGUCGGUGACCGACGUCCAGAAGGCGUCCUCCCUGGCGCAGUCCCUGCUCCUCCCGGCCACCGCCGCGCUGCAGGAGGGCAGCCUGACGCCGGCCCAGUUCGCGCGAGCCACCAACGCCACAGCCAUUGCACUCGCGCUCAGCGGCGCCACGCUGGACGGCACGCUGUGGGGCAACCCCACGCCGGGCGAGGACGCCACCGGCGAGUCCGGGAUCAUGGAGGGGGGACAGGGGGGUGGCAACCACGCCAAGCUGGUGGGAGGCCUGCUGGGAGGCAUUCUAGGCGGUGCAGUGGUGCUACUGGCCGCCGUGGCGGCGCACCUGGCCCUGCAGCUGUGGCAUGCGCAGCGCAGGCAGCAGCAGGGGCCCCCGGCGGCGCCGGCGAGUGCUGCACCCGUCGCCUCCUUCACCCUGGCCGCCGGGCAGCCAGAGCUGCUGACCAGCGCCAAGCUGGCGCAGGGGCCGGAGGCCACGAGCAAGACCUCCCUCGGCGCCCUGAUGCCACGGCCGCCCGGCCCAGAUGCGUCCCCUUCGGCCGCGGCCGGCGGAGUUGGCGCGGAGGAGAGCGCGCGAGGAGGAGCCCCGUGA